CAGAGGCGGAGGGCCAGUCGAGGAGACGCCGAGAGGCAGCCGCGCGAAGCUCCCGCCGCCGCCGCGCAAUCCGCCGCCAUCCGCCGCCCCACGGCGCCCCCCCCGCCCGUCCCCCGGCUGCCCCGGCGCCCCGGGCUCCCGGCCAGCACCACAGGCAGAUCAGGAGCGGUGCAGAGAAAUUUCCUUACUCGAUGACAUUUCAUCGCAAUGUCCGAUCGUUCGGGGCAAAUAACCAAGGGAAAGGAUGGGAAAAGCAAGUACGCAACGCUCAGCCUGUUUGAUAAAUAUAAAGGAAAGUCAGUAGAAACAGUCAGAAGCACAGUUAUUCCUAGACAUGGCUUACAAAGUCUUGGGAAAGUUGCUUCCGCGCGGCGUAUGCCCCCUCCUGCCAACUUGCCAAGUUUGAAGUCGGAGCACAAAGGAAACGACCCCAAUAUCAUCAUCGUGCCCAAGGACGGAACAGGAUGGGCAAACAAGCAAGACCCUCCAGAGCAAAAGAGUUCCAGUUGCACAGCCGCACAGCCGCAGGAGUCGCUGCCGCAGCAGGAUUUGCAGAAAUCUGUCUCCAGUUUGCAGAAGCGGACACAGCCAAUCAGCCAGGAGAGUACAAAUUCAGUACCAGGUGGAGUAAAAUCAUGGGCGCAGCUGAAUGGAAAGCCAGUCGGACCAGAAGGUGGUUCAAGGGUCUCAAACCGACUGUUAUCCUUCUCACCCGAGGACUUUCCAACGUUGAAAGCAGCUGGCGAGCAAGACAGGUGUGGCAAAGAAAAGGGCGCCUUAGAUCCGUCGUAUGGGCCCGGACCAAGCCUCCGCCCGCAAAAUGUCACGAGUUGGCGGGAAGGUGGUGGCAGAAAUAGCAUCUUGGCCACCUCUUUGUCCCCCUUCCCAACUGAGCUGGGCAACAAGAGCUCCGGUGCAGGAGAUGGCGCUCCCACCUCAGCAAACGGUGGCAUUCCGAAGGACGCUUCUCCCCGUCCUGCUGUGCCUGCUCGCAAAGGGGCAUCCCAGUUUAUGGCAAAUGCGUACCAGCCGCCCACUUACCACGACAUGCUUCCCGCGUUUAUGUGUUCAAAUCCACCAUCUGAGACCCCUGGCCUGCCAGAACGGGGGGCCUUUCCUCUGCCACAGUUUUGUCUGGAACCCCGCGUCCCCUUCAGACAAUAUCAGUCCGGUGACCAAGAUGGAAAAGAGAAGCGACUUGCGACCCCACGCCCAGCUCGUCCAGCCCGGCCACAGGGGGAGCGAGUCCCGAGGCCCACCAUCAUUAACGCAGAGAACCUGAAAGGGCUGGAUGAGUUAGACAACGAUGCUGAGGACGGCUGGGCAGGAAUUCACGAUGAAGUGGAUUACUCGGAAAAACUGAAGUUCAGUGAGGAUGAGGAUGAGGAAGAAACCCCCAAGGAUGGAAGACAGAAAUGGACCGGCUGGGAUCCCCGAAGGCAGCCCCCACUGAGCUUGGCAGAAAACACCGAUGUCAGAAACCCCCCAGAAGAAACGAAGAAUUGGAGCGACGCAGCCAGCCUGUCCUGGCCCAUCCGUAAAGUGCAGGAAGGUCUGCCAACUUCAAGGAAGCUGAACGGCUGGACCCCCCUUCCGGACUAUCAGAAACCCCCGCUAUCGUGUCUCCGGCAGCAGUGUUUUGACGACAAAGAAGAGAAGCUUCCUCUGAGGCAGAAGUUUGUCCACUCGGAAAUGUCAGAAGCCGUCGAGAGGGCGAGGCGGCGACGGGAGGAGGAAGAGCGGAGAGCACGGGAAGAGCGGCUGGCCGCCUGCGCGGCGAAACUGAAGGCGCUGGAUCAGAAAUGCAAGCUGGCUCAGAAAUCAGGAGACGGCCAGAAACACGCCGAGAGCGAGGAACCCCGAUCCUCGGCCCCGGAGAAGAACGCCGUCUCGGAGAUCAGCCACCCAGCCCGGAGAGCGGUCCCCGAGUUUCAUACCCAGGAAGCCCCUUCUGGUUACGCGGACGAAGAGACCCCUGCUGCCUCGACGGCCCUCCGGAGUAGCAGCGAGGAGGAGCUGCGGGAAACGGUCUCUCCCGUGCAGGAGUUUGGCAAGUUCCCCAAGCUGCUGCCCCCACGAUUCCAGCAAAAGCAGCAAGACCAGCUCUACAAGUUGCAAAACUGGCAACCGUCGCAAGUCUACCCACCUUCUUCCCACCCUCAGCGGACUUUCUACCCGGCCCACCCUCAGAUGUUGGGGUUUGAUCCCCGGUGGUUGAUGAUGCCUUCUUACAUGGACCCUCGGGUAACCCAUGGACGCCCUCCUGUGGAUUUCUACCCUUCAACCCUUCAUCCAUCAGGGAUUAUGAAGCCUGCGAUGCAACCAGAUUCCAUGAAUGGGAGCGGCUGCCCGUCGGAGGAGCGGAGCUGCCAAUCUGUGGGGCUGCAGGAGAGAAAAGCAGUGGGGGGGGAAGCCGCCCCCAUCUGGGGUCCAGAAAGUUUUGUCCCCUUGGCGAGCAAAAGCUGUUCUGUUUCCCAGCCAAAACAAACAGUGUGUGUAACGGAGGAAGGAUUACGUGCCAGGGCUGAGAGUUCCUACUCUGCGCCAUCGGGCCUAAACGCCCAGCGUGACUUCUUUGAAGCAGUUGGAGAAGACUACUUAAACGCCUUUGACAAGAAGCCCCAGGGCAGUUUUGACAGGUGUGUCAGCCCCGCCCAAAGGACACCCCGAGAGCGCAUCUUUCAGCACCCCGAGUGUGCUUCUGAGCUUUCCGAUCCUUGCGACAGGAGCCUGCUGAAUUCCCCUUUGGAGUCUGGUGCUGUUGCUGAUGAAAAGAAGGCUGAAUUCAAUGGCUGGGAGAUCAGCCAUUACCCGAAACCCUUGGAAGGGCCACCUUCAGGGAAAGGAGAGGUCUUCCAGGAGGAGUCCUUGUUUGGCUCCGAGGUGUGGAAGAAGGAAGGGUCUGCUAGCAAGCCAGCCACCCCUGGCACAGGAUGGACGGCUCCGGAGAACCGAAACGGCGACAGGCAGCUGCAGCAGCAGCCGCAGCAAGAGCAGACGGGCAGAGCUCGUCGAUCUGGACCGAUUAAGAAGCCGGUCCUGAAAGCUCUCAAAGUCGAGGAGAAGGAGAAAGAGCUGGAGAAGGUGAAAGGGGAGGGGGAAGAGGCUUCCCAUCCGGCGAAAGAAAAGGCCCCUGCCCUGAAGGUGCCGGAGGAGGCCGAUCCCGGAGUGGGAGUCCACUCUGCUCACUACCGCUUGUUGGAGGAAAAAGGCUCCCCUCGAGCUCCUGUCCAGGACCCUGAGAGACCUCACGGAGAGGAGGAGGACGACAAAGAGGAAAACGAGAAGACGGUCAAGGACUGGGAGGGCAAGCAUCAGUCGAGGGAGUCCGCUGACCUGCCCCCGACCAAAAGAAACAACUGGAUCUUCAUUGACGAGGAGCAGGCCUUUGGUGGACGGGGACAAGGACGGGGCCGUGGCCGUGGCUUCCGAGAAUUCACGUUCCGAGGCCGUAGCAACGCAGUGGGCUGUGGUGGGGCUGGUGGUGGUAAUCUCAGAGGAGGUUAUCACAGCAGCAGUGUCAGCGGUCCCCAGAGAAGUAGCCGAGGACGAGCCUUGAGAGAGUUCAAUCAGGCGGAAGAAUUCCCCCGGGGGAAGCCCAGGCGCCGGAUUGCGAGCGAGACUCACAGCGAGGGCUCCGAGUACGAAGAGCUGCCGAAACGCCGGCGCCAGAGGGCCUCUGAGAAUAACGAGAGCUCCCUGGCAGAGAGGGAGGAGGGGGACCUCAAGAAAGGGGAUUUCCGGGACUCCUGGAGGUCCAAUAAGAUCUAUUCGGACGAGCAGGGGGCCCUGGAUGCCAAGCUGAGGACCCCGCGGGCUUUCGGGAGAUCGCUGCCGCCGAGACUGAGCAACUCCACUUACGGGCGACGAGGCUUCAUUUCCAAGGAGCCUUCCCAGUGGCAGGGCAGAAAUGGGGGAAAUACCUGGCAGGAAUAUGGCCACAAUGCCCCUCUGGACACCUUUGGCAUCCGGCGCCCGCCCGAGAGGGAUUGCAGCCAAGAGCCUUACAAGGCUCCAGACUCGUUUAGCAGGCGGACUUUCGAGGAGGACUAUGGAGGAGACCCUGAAAACUCGGAGAACCGGCCGUUCCGCCGACGGCGUCCUCCUCGGCAGGACAAGCCUCCCCGCUUCAGGCGCUUGAGGCAGGAGCGCGAGGCCGUGGGCCAGUGGAGCCCCGAAGAUGGGGGAGCCAACCUCGUCGCGUGCCAGUGGCCCGGGAGAGCCAGACUGAUCACGGCAGAUUAUAACGGCCUGUCUACCAGGAGAUCUCCAGAACUGUCCUAUCAGAACUCCCCUGAUCACGCCAACGAAGAGUGGGAGACGGCCUCCGAGAGCAGCGACUUCAGCGAAAGGCGGGAGAGGCGAUGCGGCGGUGGCGGCGGGACCUCGGAGAACGAGGCACCGUUGAACGGAGGGAUUCCCGGGAGCGCCUUGGGGGAAAAGAGAGAUCUGGCCAAGAGGAGUUUUUCCAGCCAGAGGCCCGUUGUAGAUCGGCAAAGCCGGAAAUCUGAUCCAGGAGGAUUUGGGGAGAAAGCCAUGCGAGCUGGUGGAAACAGACCGGCGUCCCUCUACGAAAGCCAGCAGAAUGGGCUACAGAUGAAAAGCAAAAGAUCUCCAGAAGGAAAUGGCGUUCUUGAUAGCGGCAGUCCUGGACGGACCCACUCGGCGUACAGUUCCCACUCCAACCUGAAUGGGGCCGAGAACCUGGAGAAAAGGCAAGAGAGGGAUCUGAAAUCUGGAGUCCCUCAGGUCAGCGAGAAGGGAGAGACCUUGAAUCCAUUUGAGCUGAGCUAUGGAAAUGGUGUGAUGGAGAGCCGUGGGCCCGUCCCUGGGGAAGAGAACGAAAUGGGGCCGAUGAGCAGCGAAGGGUUCAUUGAGGUCCUGACGAAGAAGCAGCGACGGCUGCUGGAAGAGGAACGGAGGAAGAAAGAGCAAGCCGCGCAGGCUCCGGCUAAAGGCCGCGUCCUUCAAUCCCGCAUCCCGCCUCGCUUUGCCAAGAAGCAGAACAGCCUGUGCCUGGAACAAGGGGACGUCUCGGUGCCUCGAAACACCUUGGGGACGGAGAUCUGGGAGACCAGUAGUGCAGCGCUGUCCGUUCAGUCGGCUGGUCCCGAUUCCUGGAGUAAACCCGUUGGCACCUUUAUCAGUAACGAGUCCAGCUCCGCCGAGGGGUUCAAGGGCAGCCAAGGAGACAGCGGUAUUGACCUGAGUGCAGAGUCGCGGGAGUCCUCGGCCACCUCCUCCCAGCGCAGUUCUCCGUACGGCACCCUCAAACCGGAGGAGAUGAGCGGGGGCGGCCUGGGAGAGGCCAAGGCGGAUGGCCCGAAAGAACCGGCUCCAAAGCAGUUGGAUAAAAAGGAUGCAGAACAAGCCCUGGCUCCAGCCAAGGACCACAAGCCGGGGCCCAUCGGCAACGAGCGCUCCCUGAAAAAUCGGAAGGGCUCCGAAGGGGCAGAGCGCCUGGAGGGCAACAUCCCACCAGUCAACGGGGUGGAGCUUCACGUGGACUCUGUUCUUCCUGUGCCGCCCAUUGAAUUCGGAGUGAAUCCUAAAGAUUCAGACUUCAGUCUCCCCCCUGGCUCGGCCCCUGGGACGACAGCUAACCCAGUGGCAAAGUUGCAGAAUGUUCUAGCCAGCAACUCUGGACUAACACAGUCUCUUCCUGUUAUUCGAAGAGAUCACCAACUUCCCCGGUGCAUCAGCUUAAACAUGUCUUACCCUACAGCAGAUCUCACUCUUAAAAUGGAGUCAGCCCGAAAAGCAUGGGAAAACUCCCCCAGCCUUCCUGAGCAGAGCUCCCCUGGAGGCAUCAGCUCCGGCCUUCAACCUCCAUCCAGCAUUGGGGCUUCCAGCGGGGUCAGCUACAGCUCCUUUGGUGGGGUCUCCGUUCCCCCCAUGCCUGUGGCAUCUGUCGCGCCUUCUGCUUCAAUUCCAGGCAACCACAUCACCCCCCUGUAUUUAGAUGGUCAUGUGUUUACCAGCCAGCCACGACUUGUCCCCCCGACAAUACCUCAGCAACAAAGCUACCAACAGGCCGCUGCGGCUGCUCAGCAGAUUCCCCUCUCCCUCCACACUUCACUGCAAGCCCAGGCUCAGCUCGGGUUGAGGGGUGGCCUUCCGGUUUCACAGUCCCAGGAGAUCUAUAGCUCCAUCCCACCCUUCAGGUCUCAGGUCUAUAUGCAUCCCAGCUUAUCCCAGCCCAGCACGAUGGUCCUGACAGGAGGCACGGCCUUGAAGCCGCCCUAUUCCGCCUUCCCGGGUAUGCAGCCUUUGGAGAUGGUGAAGACGCAGUCGGGGUCCCCUUACCAGCCAGUGAACGGCAGCCAGGCUCUUGUGUAUGAGGGUCAGAUCAACCAGGCAUCAGCCAUGGGACCAUCCCAAAUGAUGGACUCGCAGCUUACACAGCUAACAAUGUCAAUUCCGGGAUCCCAGCUUCCGAUGGCCCGUUACGGUUCUGGCCAGCAGCCUCUCCUAUUAUCCCAGUCCAUCCAGCUGCCCCAAGGCCAGAACCUCCCAGUUGGAGCUCCACGCAGGAUCCUGUCUCCCAAUGCCCAGCCCUCUGUCCUUGCUACACACAGGGAGUCCUCUCACAUGGAAAUUAAAGGAUUCCCCUUUGCAGACGCAAAACAGAACAUAGUCCCUGGAGGAUCCAUUCCGUCUUCUCAUGCUUACAGGCCCAGUUCUGCUAGCCCCAGUGGGAAGUCCUCCGGAUCGUCCGUCAACAUGAGCUCCGUACAAAGGCAUUACAUUCAACAGGCAAAACAGCGGGUGGACGAGAACAAAAGCCUUGGAGCUGUGAAACUGCAGGAUCCUCCUUCAGCUGGUCAGAUGAAGCCAGUCCGUACAGGAGCAAUCAAGCCUCAGGCUGUUAAAGUGGAGGAGAGCAAGGCCUAAGCCCUGGGACCCCCCCAAGCUGCCUGUCAGUCCUCCUGCUCGAGAGAGGGGGAGAGAAAGGGGGGGCCUUUGCAAGUCACACCCUUCCCCUGGCCAGCCUCCCCGACUCCUGUGGCUGGAUGCUCCGAGAUGCUUUACGCCGAGAUGUUUCUUGCACUGUGGGGUUUUGUUCUGUUUCUUUUCGUCCUUGGCCUGCUUGCUUUUAAGAAACACCGACUACGGCUCCAUCAAAAUCAGCAGCAACCAUCCAAAGUACCCCGUUGAAUUCCUGGAUUCUGGAGUGGCUUCAGCCAUUUUUCGUUUUCUCUACCUGCAAGUAGCAGCAAGCAUUAAGUGAUUAAGCUUUUCCCAUUGCAUAGUGGAAAUGCUAGAUUAUCUGUCCUCCUCCUCCUGUCUUCCUCCUCCUCCUCCUCCUCCUCCUCCUCCUCCUCCUCUUUGUAUAAUAACAACUUCCACUUCCUCCUCCUCCUUUUUCUAAGCCCGCCAGGGUUUUUAACCCAAACCCCAGGACACUCCAUCUUUCAUUUUGUAGAUGAACUUCCCCAUGUUUGGUUAGGUUUCUUCUUUCUCCUCUUACUUACCCACCUUGGAAAGGAAGCUUUUGCCAAGCCCCAAAAUCACGUGCUUGGAUGGACCCUCUCCGUGGCUAGAGCGCAAGAGAGCUUUCCUACCUGCUGCAUCAGCUCCCUCCAUUCUGCAGUGGAGUUACAUCUAGCUUGGAUCCUCAGAAGGCGUUUUCAACCUUGCGCUUUCCCAUCCCUUCCCUUGCACGCUCAAGACCAAGCUUUAGAAGUCGGCUAGGUCAGAAGAAGUGGUCAUCCCCGCUAUCGCUCCUGGGCCCUUCCUCUCUCUGCAGAGUCCCCGAGCCCCCAACGUGUGGCAUUCAUUUCAAGAGAUGGCACCGCGUGUCUCGUAAGGGGUCUUCCCAAAUCUGACACACACACCACCUCCCCAGGAGUUUGUGGUUGGUUUUAUUUGUGAUUUAUUUUCGUGGCAUUUUUAGGCCAGGGGUGGGAACAUACAUUUCUCUCUCUCUCUCUCUCAUUUUUUUAAUAGCCUCUGCUAGGACAGCUGCUUUGGCUAGACCGUGUUUCUCAACCUCAACAACUUUAAGAUGCGUGGACUUCAACUCCCAGAAUUCCCCAGCCAGCAUGAAUUCUGGGAGUUGAAGUCCGCACAUCUUAAAGCAGCCUGGCUGGGGAAUUCUGGGAGUUGAGGUCCACGCAUCUUAAAGUUGCUGCGGUUGAGAAAAACGACUAGAGGCAGAACGCUUACGUGGUGGUGUUGGGAUGUAUGCUUUCUCUCUCUCCCCCCCCUUCUCCCCUUUCUUCUGUUUUUUCCUCCCAUCCUCCCCCCGCCCCCGGUUCAUCAUUGUUCUGCAUCCUUUCUCUUGCUUUCACUGGGCUCUAAUUUUUGUUUUUAUUUGCAAGCUGAGUAGGUGCAUCUUCCCCCCUUCCUUCCUAUCUUUGCUUUCGAUGGCCAGUUUCUGCAGAAAGAGACCAGAAUUCUGUCUUAGGAAUAACCCAGGGCAGAUAAAAAGAGAGGUUUUUUAUCCCUUCAGAGAUCAUUUUUUAAAAAAAUAAAAUAAACCAUGGCAUGCAGGGAGAUUUUAACAUAUUUCUUCCCCCCCCCAACAUUUUUGGUAGCUGAAAGUGACAAGUUGCAUUCUUGCCCAAUUUAGGCCAAAAUCCAGGAAAAGCCUCCGCUGUUGCAGUGUCUGAUAAACUUUAAAAUAUAAUCUGCCGCUUUAGCUGAAGGUGUCCCACCGGCUUCUUUGCUGGCUGUCCCAAAGACCACAAUUUGAAAAAAAGAA